AUGAGCACAAAGCAAAGCGCCGGCGGUCACCCUCACGACCAUGUCGUGGAGGGCCUCGGCAUCACUCCUCUCAAAGGCCAUCUAGUGCCGCUGAAGACCAAAGGCGAAAUCCGCGCGAGCAACGAGCUGAUCGACGUAUACGUCGUAGAGCUCCCAGCCCGCUCCGCCAAUGCCGUCCUCAGCAUCCUCCGCAGCGCCCUUCCCGCCGACACCACGACGCCCGCAGUCGACAUCCAACACCUCCGCCGCGUCAUCAAACCGUCCUUCCUCCCUCCGCCCGCCCUGGGCCUCCUCACCCCCAACCGCGUAAACGCCCCUGCCUCCUUCGGCGAGACGCGCUUCCUCCUCGUCUGCCCCACGACGCAAAUCGCCCCGUCUGACCUCUCCACCCUGCUAUCCGCACACCCACCCUUCAAACCCACCGAGCCUGCCGCAGACAACGACGACGACAGCACCGCACCCGCCGAAAGCGUCACCACCCCGUCCUCUUUCCCCCUCGCCAUCCACACCCUCCCCGUCCCGGCCCUCGCGCCCACCUCCGCGCCCCAGGCCGACGGCUGGACCGCGACGUACUGGCCCGUCGCCUACAAGCACACCAACCCCUACGGCCCGCACCCGUCGCUCGUCUCGCGCGCCGCGGCCGAGGUCAGCCCCCGCGCAGGGACGUGGCUGGCGCUGGCGGAAUGCGGCGCGUGGCAGGCUGUGGAUGCGGGGAUGACGGCUGCGGGAGCGGCGGUCGGCGCGGUAGUCGUGGAGAGGCGGUUGGAUGGGAAUGGGCGCGCGGUGCAGGAGGGGAGGUGUGUUGUUGUGGCGGGGGAUGCGAGGAGGUGUGGGAUGGUGGGAGGUGAUGAUGAUGAUGCUGGUGCUGGGGAGAGCGAGGGGUGUGGUGGGGUGGGUGCUGGGAAUGUCAUGGCGCAUGCGGUGAUGCGGGCGAUUGGGAUGGUGGCGCUGAAGCGGUUGAGGCUGGAGGAGGCGGCUGGGAAGAGCAGUACGCAAGCUGGGGAUUCUGAAGGGCAGGGCGAGGAGAAGGAGCAGAAGCCUUCGCGUGCCUGCUGUGAUCCUGUCGAGCCGGUCUUUGCGGUGCAGCCGCGUACGGAGGUCGAGAAGGCGCUGUUUGAGCGCGACGAUAAUCUCUCGCCGAACGGAUAUCUCUGCGUGGAUCUGGAGAUUUACCUCACGCAUGAGCCCUGCGUUAUGUGCUCGAUGGCUAUCCUGCACUCCCGAUUCAACAGGGUCGUUUUCAACCGCCGCAUGCCUCGCUCUGGUGGUAUGACGGCGGAUGAACACGGAGUGGGUCACGGGCUGUUCUGGCGGCCGGCGGAGUUGAAUUGGAAGUUUCUCUGCUGGGAGUUUGUGGAGGACAAUGAGGGUGCGAAAGAUGAGGAUGAAGAGAGCAAGCUCAUUGUAGAUGAUGGCAUAAACGCUUGA